AUGUGGAUAAAUGGGCAUUUGCAAAUGAGAAGUGCAGCACUGGAACCCAAAGUCCGCGAGUUUUUCCAGUGGUAUGGUGAAUUUGGUUACAAAUGGCGCUGGUUCUUCCUUGUAUCGCCAAUGAUCAUAACACCUGUGUUAUCACUUGGGUUUUGCCGGCUUACUGCAUUGACUGUUGAUGAUCCACUGUAUGUGUUUACACCAAAGCAUGCCAGGUAA